CUGUUAUCUGUUAUCUGUAUGUGUUUCUGGUAGAGUCAGUUUACCAAAAACAAGAAAGAAGGAAGGAAAAACUAAAGAAACUGCAUUUUCAUUUCAUAACAGAGUUCCAAAGAUAACAGAGUUACAAAAGUAUGUUAUGUUCUGAACACUGUGGACAGCUAUUCAUCUAGAACAAAACGGGUCUAGAAACUUGGGCAAAACCCGAUACAUAUUAAUGGGCUAAGGAAGAGAAAGCCUGGAAUGAACAGUGAAUGAUCUUAUCAGUUUCUAUAUUUCUGUUAUCUGUAAACCCAGUAGGGAAGAGAAACCUGAAAAACGACUGCUUGUUUUCCAUGAUAGUUACUUCCGAGCCUUGAAAUUGUGUUGAAAGCUUCUCCGGCUACUGGUAUAUAUAGUCCUUGGACACGUACUCUUCCACAAGUACAAAAGUAGGUUUCAUCGGAAAUGAGCACUCAAAGAACCUCUGCAUCUUCCCCCCCUUCAACUCCUCAGUGGAAAUAUGAUGUCUUUCUGAGCUUUAGAGGUGAUGACACUCGCAAGGCUUUUACAGACCACUUAUACACUGCAUUGGAACAUCAAGGAAUCAUAACUUUCAGGGAUGAUCCUGAACUUCAAAAAGGGGAAGCUAUUUCUCCAGCACUUUUUGCUGCAAUUGAAGAAUCAAGAUUUGCUCUCAUUGUUCUCUCUCAAAAUUAUGCAUCGUCAACAUGGUGCUUGAGUGAACUUGUGAGAAUUCUUGAAUGUAUGAAAGCAAGAGAAGCUGUGCUGCCAAUUUUCUAUGAUGUUGAUCCCUCUGAUGUACGAAAGCAAACAGGGAGUUUUAGACAAGCCUUCGCUAAUCAUGAAGAAAGAUUUAGGGGUGACGAAGAGAAAGUGCGAAGGUGGAGAGAUGCUUUAAUUGAAGUGGCAAGUUUCUCUGGGUGGAAUUCAAAGGAUUGGUAUGAAUCAAAGAUCAUUACAGAUAUUGUUGAAGUUAUAUGUAAAAGAUUGCAACCUACAUCAUACAGUUAUGCAGAAAAUCUAGUUGGAAUUCACUCAAGAUUGCAUCCAGUUAAUUUGCUUUUAAGUGUAGGGGUGGAUGAUGUCCGCUUCAUUGGUAUAUGGGGAAUGGGCGGGAUUGGUAAGACUACUAUGGUAAGAGCGGUGUACGAGAGAAUCUCUUGUGAAUUUCAAUUCAGUUUCCUAAUUACUGAUGUCAGAAACUCCGUUGAAAAAAGUGGUUUACUUAAUCUGCAAAAGCAACUUCUCUCUGGGAUUGGGGUAAAAGAGGCUGACAUAUCAGACCUUCAUGUAGGAGCCACCAGAUUAAAGAGGUUAUUACGUCACAAAAAAGUUCUUCUCAUUCUUGAUGAUGUGAACCAUUCAAGUCAUUUAGAAUAUUUGGCAGGAAACCCAGAGUGGUUUGGUUCAGGGAGUAGAGUUCUUAUCACAACUAGAGAUGAGCAUUUGUUGAUUGAACGUGAAGUGGAGAAUAGAUUGAAGGUCGAAGAAUUAAAUGAUGAUGAUUCUCUUCAGCUUUUUAGCUGGAAAGCUUUCAAAAGAGGUUAUCCUGAAGAAGAUUUUCUUGAUUUGUCUAAAUCUGUUAUAAGUGAUGCCAAAGGUCUUCCUUUAGCUCUUAAAGUACUGGGUUCUCUUUUGUAUAAAAGUGAUCCAAGUGAAUGGGACAGUGCAUUGAGAAAACUAGGAAGAGUUUGUAACUCGGAAAUCUUUGACAUACUUAAAAUAAGUUACGACAGUCUAGAUUCUGAAGAGAAGAAAAUAUUCCUAGACAUUGCAUGUUUCUUUAAUUGGCAGGACAAAGAUCGAGUAACAGAAGUACUAAAUAGGUGCGAUUUUUCUGCAAUUUUUGGAAUAAAAGUUCUUAUCAAAAGAUCUUUGUUGACUGUUUCGCAUGGAAAACUAAGGAUGCACGAUUUGCUUCAAGAAAUGGGACGGGAAAUUGUCCACCGUGAAUCUCCUAACGAGCCGGGCAGGUGCAGUAGGUUGUGGCUUCUUGAAGACGUCAAACAUGUCUUGACCAAGAAUACUGGAACUGAAGCAGUAGAAGGCAUAUUUGUGGACUCAACAGCGUCAGGAGUAGGAGUGGAUGUGAAUCCAAAAUCAUUUUCAAUGAUGAACAAAUUGAGAUACCUGAAAAUUAAGAAUGGGAACCUGCCCAAGGGACUUGAUUAUCUUCCAGAUAGUUUACGGAUUCUUGAUUGGACGAGGUAUCCGUCAAAUUCUCUGCCAUCACAUUUCAACCCUCAGAAGCUGCUUGAACUUAACUUGUGUCAUAGUUGUAUUAAACAUGUUCGGAUAGGAACAGAGCCUUUAUGGAAGUUGAAAACCAUUAAUCUGAGUCACUCUCUGAAUCUUGUCAACACCCCAAACUUUAAAGGUAUGCCAUAUCUCGAGUUUCUGUUUCUUGAAGGUUGUGUAAGAUUGUAUGAGGUUGACCCGACAAUUGAAGUGCUUGAAAGACUUACUGUGCUGAACUUGAAAGAUUGCAAGAAUCUUGUGCGACUUCCAAGCAGUGUAGGUGGCUUAAAAUCUCUCAAAGAUCUCAAUCUUUCUGGUUGCUCAAAGCUUGACAAGUUGCCGGAUGAGUUGGGUCAUGUUGCCUGUUUGGAGAAGCUUGAUGUGAGUGGAAGUGGCAUAAGAGAACUGCCCUCCUCUAUUGGCAUGCUUGAAAGACUUACUGUGCUGAACUUGAAAGAUUGCAAGAAUCUUGUGCGACUUCCAAGCAGUGUAGGUGGCUUAAAAUCUCUCAAAGAUCUCAAUCUUUCUGGUUGCUCAAAGCUUGACAAAUUGCCGGAUGAGUUGGGUCAUGUUGCCUGUUUGGAGAAGCUUGAUGUGAGUGGAAGUGGCAUAAGAGAACUGCCCUCCUCUAUUGGCAUGCUUGAAGGACUUACUGUGCUGAAAAUGGAAGAUUGCAAACAUCUUGAGUGUCUUCCAAGCAGUGUAGGUGGCUUAAAAUCUCUCAAAAAUCUCAAUGUUUCUGGUUGCUCAAAACUUGACAAAUUGCCGGAUGAGUUGGGUCAUGUUGCCUGUUUUGAGAAGCUUGAUGUGAGUGGAACUGGCAUAAGAGAACUGCCCUCCUCUAUUGGUCUUUUGAAAAACCUCAAAGAAUUCUCUCUUGCUGGGUGUAAAGCAUGGUCACCUAAAUCAUGGAAUAUGAUCCCCUUUCAGUUAUUGCGUAAAAGAAGUCCCAUUCCGGCAGGAUUGUCGCUGCAUUGUUUGACGGGUUUGCAUUCCUUAACUGAUUUGGAUCUAAGUGACUGCAAUCUUUCUGAAUUGCCCAGUGACUUUGGAUGCUUGUCUUCAUUAAUAGAAUUAGAUCUCAGCAGAAAUCAAUUCCGUAGACUACCCGAGAGCAUCGGCCAACUCUCUAGACUUGGCUAUCUUCACUUGGAAUGGUGCCACAAGAUUCGGAGAUUACCAGAGCUUCCAUCUCAUGUUAUCGUAGACGCUGAGAACUGCAUUUCAUUAGAUAGGUUGGCCAAUCAAAUAGGACAAAGCAAUUCGUUGCGACGAGGAUAUUUUCCCAACUGUUUCAAACUGGUGGAGAAUCAAAGCUGUGAGAGUAUAGCACUUUCAUUUCUAACACGAUGCCUUAAGAGUCGAGAAUUUGACUUAGUUGUUCCUGGAAAUGAAAUUCCAGAGUGGUACAAUCACCGAAGUGUGGGGUCUUCGAUAAUCGUAGAGCUGCAUCCCGGUUGGUUUAGUAACAAGUGGAUGGGAUUCGCCUGGUGUGUCGUUUUUAGACUCAUGAAACCACUCUCGCCUUCGGUUGAGUGGUAUAUUGAUUCCGAACUGAGUGCCAAUGGAAAAUCCUUGCCAAUCACGUACAGUGUUGGUGUAUUUGGGGGAAAGUGGGGUCAACCUGUGUUGGAUCACAUUUGGUUCUUCUAUGGGGCGCGUGAUACGUUCUCUCGACAAGAGUUGCAAGAUAUCUACUGUCAGCUUGUAUUCUCAUUUCAACCUGGCUGCUGGGAUGAACGAAUAAAGAUUGAGGAAAUUGUGCGAGUGAAAAAGUGUGGGGUCCGUAUGAUAUAUGAAGGAGAUGCAGAGGAGCUUUCGGAAACAUUAUUAAAGCAUAGCAAUAUUGGCAUUAAUACCAAGCAAUGCCUUCAACACAAUGACGAUGAUGAAGCAUCUAGUAGUGCAAGUCAGGCUCUUCCAAAAAGAAUUGAGCAACUCCCUCUUGACAGCACAGGACCCGGUGGAACUUGAUUGUUAUAUUCAUGACCAGAAACAUGGUCAAUGCACAUUUUUUUUUCUGUAAAAAAGAAGGCAAAACCUGUUGUAAAUUAAAUGAUGAUGAUUUUCUUCAGCUUUUUAGCCGGAAAGCAUUCAAAAGAGGUUACCCUGAAGAAGAUUUUCUUGGUGUGUCUAAAUCUGUUAUAAAUUAUGCCAAAGGUCUUCCUUUAGCUCUUAAAGUACUGGGUUCUCUUUUGUAUAAAAGUGAUCCAA